AUGGCAGUUCCAAAAAAACGUACUUCAAUUUACAAAAAGCGUAUUCGUAAAAAUAUUUGGAAAAAAGGGGGGUAUUGGGCGGCAUUAAGAGCCUUUUCGUUAGCAAAAUCUCUUUCUACCGGGAAUUCGAAAAGUUUUUUUGUACGAAAAAUAAGUAAUCAAACCUUGGAAUAA